AUGGCCGUCACCUCUGAAGGAAGUCUGGUGGGCUUUAUCCGGAGGGCAACAGUAUCAAGCCGAAACAGAGCAUUGAUCAGCAUAGUCAGCGUCGUCGGCGGAACAGUCCUUUUAUUUCGAUCUCUCAGGACCGACAAGAAGCUCGUAACGUCCCAGGAGCGGUCUGCGAUGCACGGUGGGAAUGCCUCUCCAACUGCCCAGACAGACCAGGGAACUCUAAGAUCGAGUCCAAGGCCAAAUCUCGAGAUUCGAAGGAAGAAGGAUUGA